AUGUCGGAACCAGGUAUGGAUGCUGACAACAGAGCUAAAUGUACCUCAGGUAAGCGGCAAACAUCUCCCAAUUCAAAGUCAGGCAAUAAAGAACCCCCAAAAGACCCGUCUAGACAACCUCCAAAUAAUGACCCAAAAGACGCAGUUGUCGCGAGUUCGACCCCCAAUUCGUUAAAUCCCCCCAACGCGACGUGUAAUUCCACACCGGUGGCUCGAGGUAAUUGUAAGUUGUGCGAUAAACCGGACGACGACCAAAUGGUGCAGUGUGAUACAUGUGAUGUGUGGCACCAUUUCGCGUGUGUGGGAGUUUCUGAGGAUAUACAGGGCUGCAGUUGGAUCUGCUUGGAAUGCGCUACCGCGAAAGCAACCAAGGCAACGAAAUCCAGAAGGAAAACAUCCACACAGAAAUUGGCGGUGACGUUACGGAAGAGGACAACUCGAGCAACAGCUACAAAGGGUACGAAAAAAGUGAUUCCUACAACGGGGCGGAAGCAUGCUGUUUGUGAAGCGGCGGCGAAUUGUGAAGGUGAUCCAGUUUCAUUGGAGAUGACGUUACUGAAGAGGACAACUGGAGCAACAGAUGUAAUUGAUACGAAGAAAGUUAUUCCUGGGCGGAAACAUGCUGUUUAUGAUGCGGCAGCGAACUGCGAAGAUGAUCCAGUUGCAGCUGUUGGACGGAGCGGAAAUUAUGCACAGGCACCGACAAAAGCAAGCGUGAGAAAGGCCGGUUCAGUGGUAUCAGCAGCAUCGCGUAAAUCAUUCAAGGCGCGUUUGGAUGUGGAGCUGCAACAGAUCGAAGCUGAAGAGACACUGAUGCAAGAAGAGAUGCGGCGUAAGCGGGAACUAGCGGAAAAGAAGUUUGCUGUUCUGAAGGAGAUGGCCGAUUUGGAAGGCAGUGGCGAAUCAGUCGUUGAUCAGCAGAAUGAUCAUCACAAGGUGGAACAGUGGUUGAAACAUCGUGGUGAGACGAGAGUGAAACAAAAGCGUUCGUCAUUCAAGGAAACCAGCGUGGAAGAUGCCGGAAGUGAAGUGGAAACUGAAGAUUCAAGCGAAGAAGGAACAUUUGGUACCGGGACAAAACGUGAAGAAGAACUUUCAUCCAUCGGUGAAACCAAUUGUGACGGAAGUGAAGAAGAAGCAAAAUCCUAUGAUGAACGUGCAGGGCGAAGACACCGCAGAUCGAAGAGUGAGACAGCCAAAAGGGUCGAAAUUUGUGGAAGUAGACGAUCCGUUGCAGACCGGCAACAAUCUUUGAUAAGCAGCAAAAGGCUAUCGAAGCACGAGCUCGCAGCACGUCAGGUUGUACCUCGUGAGCUGCCCAAGUUCAGCGGUAAUCCGGAGGAAUGGCCAAUGGUCUUAUCAACGUAUGAAGAUACAACGGCUAUGUGCGGAUACACCGAAGCGGAGAACAUGAUUCGUUUGAGAAGCUGUCUGAAGGGAGAUGCAUUCAACGCUGUUCGAAGUUUCUUAAUGCGGCCUGAGACGGUAGGCAGAGCGAUCAGUGCACUGAAACUGCGCUUCGGUAGACCGGAGACGAUAAUUGAAUACCUAAAGGAGAAGAUUAUCUCGAUGCCAACUAUCAAGCCAGACGCGAUGGACAAGCUGGUUGACUAUGCUCUGGAGGUUCAGAAUCUCUGUGCAACGGUAAAAGCUUGCGGUGAAAAGGAGUAUAUGUGUGAUACGACACUCCUAAAGGAAUUAGUCCAGAAGCUGCCACCACAAAUAAAGCUGGAUUGGGCGCGGUACAAGAGGAACUUGCCAAAGGUAAAGUUGUCCACGUUCAGCCAGUGGAUAUACAGUUUGGCGGAAGAUGUAAACGUCGUUUUCGAGCCCCAGUGCCGCGGAAGCAAGAACCAGGAGUUUAGAGGAACCCGUAAGGAGAAGUAUGUAAACACUCACGCAGAAGUUCUUCCCAAGGAUAGGACUCAGCCUGUAUACCCGGCUCAAGGAAGAUCAACAGUAGCCGGAGGAAGCGGAGGAAGCAAACCAUGUCCCGCGUGCAAAGAAGAUUGCAAAUAUCUUGGGAAGUGCAAGCGAUUUCUGGAGCUGUCGUACGAAGCUAGGUGGGCGACAGUACGUGGAUUUAACUAUUGUCGCAAGUGUCUUCGUCAGCAUAAAGGUGGCUGCAAUUCUGGAGAAUGUGGGAAGAACGGCUGUACCUUCAAGCACCACGUGUUGCUCCACAAGGACUUAUUAGCAUCAACACCACCGAACGGUGCAACAAUCAAUAGGAGUGGCUUUUCGAGGCAGAAUGAGGAACGCAACGUUAAUACGCACCAAACAGGUACAAGUCCAGGUUCGCUUCGUUACUUGCCAGUGACUCUGUUUGGAAACGGAGUAAAUCUGAAAUGUCACGCCUUCCUGGACGACGGAUCUGAGCUGACUCUCAUCGAUCAGCAACUGGCCGAAGAAUUGAGACUGUCUGGAACCAUUCGUCCGCUCUGCCUGAAAUGGACGGGUGGUACUCAUCGUUACGAAUCCGAUUCACAGAGUGUCGAACUUGAGAUAGCCGGAAAAGAAGGGAAGCGGUUGUUGCUGCAGGAUGUGAGAACUGUCGAAGAGCUGCAAUUACCCUUCCAGUCUUUGGAUAUGACCCAACUCACUGAGAAGCAUCGAUACCUGCAGGGACUCCCUGUGGAAUCAUACACAAACGUACGUCCACGGAUACUGAUUGGGUUGAAACAUGCUAACGUUAUGUUAGUGCGGAAAAGUCGUGAAGGCAAGAUGGGUGAUCCGAUUGCCGUCAAAACCAAUCUCGGCUGGUCGGUAUACGGUGGCUGGGCUACGGAAAAUUCGUCGAGCACUAGUCACACCUACCACAUUUGUACUUGUAGCGAAGAAAACAUAAUUCACCUUAACCAGAUGGUCAAAGACUACUUCUCGAUCGAUAACCUGGUAGUCAAAUCCAACCAGCCCGAGCGUCUUUCUAAGGAUGAUGAGCGGGCAAUGUCUCUGUUGGAAUCUCGCACGCAUUUCAAUGGAGAGCGGUACGAAACAGGCCUGUUAUGGCGCUCUGACAGAAUCCGGCUACCGGAUAAUAAGGCAGUCGCAAUACAGGAGCUUUCGGAAAAGCAUGAACGAGUGUGGUAUCUACCGAUUUUCCCGGUAUACAAUCCGAAUAAACCUGGAAAGGUACGCAUCGUGUGGGAUGCCGCCGCCACAGCGUACGGAACAUCACUGAACUCGGUACUUCUUACUGGUCCCGAUCAGUUGGCGUCUUUAGUUGGUAUUCUGUAUCAGUUCCGUGAGCAUCGAGUCGGCGUGUGUGCCGACAUCCGUGAGAUGUUCCACCAGAUAGGGAUAGUUCCGGAAGAUCAACACUGUCAGCGGUUUCUGUGGCGCAGUAGUGAAGAACAUGGUGAGCCUAGAACAUAUGUCAUGCAGGUAAUGACCUUCGGGGCUAGCUGUUCUCCUGCUACAGCCCAGUUUGUGAAGAACAGCAACGCAGACAGAUACGUAGACGAAUAUCCGGAAGCAGUAGCGGUGAUCAAGAAACGACACUAUGUGGACGACAUGGUUUUGAGCGUCGAAACGGAGGAAGAAGUCGUCGAGUUGUCCGAAUUGGUACGCUAUAUCCACAUGCAGGGUGGAUUUGAAAUCCGCAACUGGGUUUCCAACUCAGCGCUGGUGCUAUCAAAAAUGAAUGCGGAGCAGUCAACGGAAAAGGACUUGAGUAUAACAUCCGAGCUACAGACUCAGAAAAUCCUCGGCAUGUGGUGGGAUACGCAGGACGAUGUAUUCAAGUACAAGAUCAGCUGGGCGAGAUUUGAUUCAGCGCUUCUCGAUGGAAGUCGUUGUCCUACCAAACGAGAGAUCCUUCGGACACUGAUGACCAUCUACGAUCCUGUAGGACUGAUAGACCACUAUUUGGUUCUACUGAAAAUCCUGCUUCAGGAGGUGUGGCGUACUGGGGUUGAAUGGGAUGAGCCUAUCCCUGAAAUUCUGUUCGAGAGGUGGCGUACGUGGCUUCGUCUUCUCCCAGAAUUGGAGAAACUACGGAUACCAAGGUGUUACCGGCAAGUUAUACUGGCGAUGGAAGAGGCUGUGAUAGAUAUGCACGUGUUCGUUGAUGCCAGCGAAAGUGCUAUGUCGGCCGUUGUGUUUCUGCGAUUUUCGAAAGGUGGCCAGCUGGAAUGUUCUUUGGUUGCAGCCAAGACUCGAGUAGCACCGAUGAAAUACACCUCAAUCCCACGGUUAGAGCUGCAGGCCGCAGUUCUGGGGUGUCGAUUGGCUGCCAACGUAACACGAAACCUGACUAUGAAUAUCUCUAAGCGUACAUAUUGGACAGACUCCCGAAAUGUACUUUGUUGGCUUCAUGCCGACCACAAGCGAUACAGUGCUUUCGUCGGAUCAAGAAUCAGUGAAAUGUUGGAAUCUACGGACAUCCACGAUUGGAGAUGGGUUCCAACUCGAUCUAAUGUCGCUGAUGACGGGACCAGAUGGCGAGAUCGACCAGACCUAUCUUCGGAGAGCAGGUGGUUCAAGGGUCCAGAGUUCCUGAUGCAAGCAGCGGAGCAGUGGCCUAAGCAGCCAUUAAAGAUCUCCACCGAGGAAGAGAUGAGACCCAGUGUAUUGUUCCACACCAGUGUUUCUGAACCAGUAAUCGAUGUCAGCAGGUUUUCGAGUUGGCGACGACUGUUGGUAGUGACCGGAUACGUUCAUCGCUUCUGCUCGAACAUUCGACGAAGCAGCAAGAAAGAUCCUCUGAUAUUUGGACCGUUAUCGCGGGAAGAGCUUCGCAAUGCGGAAGCACACCAUUAUCGGCAAGCGCAACGUGACAUAUACCAGGAUGAAGUUGCAGUGCUGGUUGCUAAAGAAGCAACGAAAAAAAAUCCAAAGGCGAGUCCUCCCUAUAAACUGAGCACAUUCGCGGACGACUCAGGCGUAUUGCGGAUGAAAGGUAGAACCGGCGUGUGUGCGUAUCUCCACAGCGACGCGAAGAAUCCUGUUAUUCUACCACCCAAGCAUCCAGUAACAUCGCUACUCUUAGCAUACUAUCACGAAAAGUACUUCCACCGCAAUUACGAGAUCGCAGUCAACGAAGUUCGCCAAAAGUACAGCAUUUUUCGCUUGAGACAAACACUUGCCACCAUUCGUAGAAACUGUCAAUGGUGCAAAAAUCGUGACGCUGUUCCUUAA